AUGCUCAACAGGAUUUUCUUUGCUCUCCUUUUUGUCAGUCUGUACAGUUCGGGGUCUUCGCUGAACUGCAGAUGGAUGCAAGAUAAAUUCAAAGAGCACAAUGAACAGAUGCUGGACCUACUGGACACCAUGGCUAAUAAUUCUACCAACGCCACUGAGGAUUCUGAAGGGGAGAACACUGUGGCCUUCCCUCACAAGCUGUACAGCCAUGCGUCCAGCGCAUCGGCUACAGAUAAACUUGCGUUCGUAGUUCAGAUUCUGGAGGAGACAGCUGCCCUGUUUGAGGAGGAUCACAGCGCUGCACCAUGGGAGGACAGCACAGUGGACGCAUUUCUCAUUGUUCUCAACAGACAGGCUGAUGAACUGAGCUCCUGUAUUGGGAGCCACAAGAAGAACACGAAGCUGCACAUGUAUUUCAAGAGACUCUCAGGUCACAUCCUGAAGAAAAUGGGCCACAGUGCUGAAGCCUGGGAGAUGAUCAGGACGGAAAUCGAAUUUCAUGUCAUGAGAGCACAUCAGCUGGCUUUAUCUCCACGCACUGCCAACUAA